AAUAUCAAUCGACUGUUUACUUCCGACUACGUUGAUCAUUAAAGUUUUACGAAAUACAAAUAAAACAGAUAUUUAAGAAGUUAAUAAAAAAACUAGAAAGUAAUCGCUUAAUAUUUGGCUAAUAGUUUUAGAAAGUGUCAUUUCCGAUGGAAGCUUCGCAUUUUGCGAUAAAAUACGAUUAAAUCUUAGCUUUUUUUUUUAAAUAAAUUUUGCUUUUAUGUAUUGGAAAAUAAUACAUCGAUAGGCAAGAUUACUUGAUUUGAACAAGUAUGUCAAAGUAUUCAAAUAGUACAAGUAUUCAAAUACCGUUUUUCUAACAAGUAAAUAUUAUUUAUUUAUAAAAAAUAUGAUUGGUUUGAUAAUUAAAAUAAUUAUUCGAAUCGUACUAACAAUAUAUUUGUUUGAUUCGAGCAAUCUUUUCUCUCGGUAUGUAUUUUUUUAUAAUUCACACAACCUAUAUAGUUUUUUUUUAACUAUGGAUGUCUCAUAACAUGUUUCUUGGUUGCAGCUGACCUUCGACAGCUUCACUCUAGGCAAAUUCGUGUCGUUUACCGCAGAGGGAUGUCCCGACGGAUCCCUGCAAAUCUCGGAGACGCAGCGUCCCGACGUCGGCGGCCUCUGGUGCGGCACGUCCUGGGGACCCGCGAUCUACUACAGCGAAACAGCCAGCGUUUCGAUCCUCCUCAAGCUGCUCAGGCUCAGCAAAGAUCAGACGGGAUUCAACUUCGACUUCAGAAUGGCGUACAAGAUGAUCAGAAAGUCCGACGCGGUGGUGCGCUACGGAAAUCCCUUCGUCGGAAUAACGCAGGUCGUCGGGACGCCGGCGUCGACCGAGCGCACGUCCGCCGGGUACGCGAACACGUCGAUGGCGAUGCCGGUGCAAAUGGUCGAGCAACACGUGCCGCCGCCUACGACAUCGAGCUCCGAGCAGUUCUUAGGCGACCUAAUAUCCGGGACUUAUUGCUCCCGUAUAUUCACCGACUGCGACCGGAAGAAGUGCAGAUUGCAGUCGCCUAACUUCCCCGGUCUCUAUCCCCGCAAUCUCACCUGUUAUUACGCGGUGAGGCAGCACGAGGUGCCGCCGGGCAAGCACGCUUUAAUACACGUGAAGCAGCCCCGGGGCCAAUUGGUAGCCGUAAGAGCGCGACCAGCAACCCAGGCGGAAGCGCCACCCCGGGAGCUGCGUCUCUGGCAAGAUUGCGACGUCGUUCAGGACUACGUAACAGUGUAUGACGGAUACACCACCAGGGAGCCCGUGAUCCUAAAAUUUUGUGGCGGCGGGGAGCCGGUACCGGAGGCCAUCAGCAGCGGCCCGGAAAUCCUCGUGGAGUUUACUACCUCUCCUUAUGGCACCUUCUUACAUCCGACGCCGCCCCAUUCCCUACAUGGGUUUCAAUUAGAAGUGCAAGUCACGUUCGUGGACGCGGAAUCACCGACCUACGCUAAGAACAAGCGUUGCGAGUUCUGGCUGAGGGGCACCGGCGGCGGCAUCCUGGCGUCGCCCCGUCAUUCACUGCCGAGGAACAGCACCUGCCUGUACCAUCUUCGCGGCGCCGGUCCUACCCUGCCCAGUCCGACACCGCCGCGGCCAUUGCCGAAGUUUCCGGAGCAGAGACCCGGUACCGUGUGGAGAAGACCGGCCCCGAAGCCGCCGCAGCCACAGUUCCGCGUCUGGCUGUCUAUCCUCAAGUUCCACGUGGGCACCGGUCUGUCCAGCACCGACGAGGACUGCUCGACGACGCUGAUGGUCUGGGACGGCGAGAUGAUGCCGCUGUCGGAAUGCAACGACGUCGCCUGUGAAAAAGAACGCCAACGUUACGCCGACAGAAUGGGUGAUCCGAUUCAAUCCGUUCUUGCGCGUCCCUCGAGCAACACCACAUUGCUGGCGAGGUAUUGCAAGGACAAAGUACCGAGAACCUGCGAUCAUGCUAUCCUACAGAACACCAGUCGUCCAUGCUCUUUGGUCGAAAGCUUCGUCUCCUCUGGCAGCAGCCUAACUAUAGAAAUGCGCAUGAUCGAGUCGACAGCGCUUAGGCCCGUAAACUUUCGAGCUAUGUACGAAUUCGUCGACCUUCAUCAGGAUGGCGAUCUUUACGGUAGCGGACCGUGUUCUCGCAUUUUCUAUAGUCGAAAUCGAGACCAUUAUCCAGACCGUAAAUUUCAAGGACCACGCGAUAUAUUCUUAUAUGGUCGUGGAGGGUCGAAGAAUAUAAGCUGCGUGUACCGCUUCGAAGGAGAACACGACGAGGUGGUGAAGCUGAGGUUCAACAAGCUCCUCAAUGGGAAUCGCACCUGCCGCAACGUAGGCAACUCCGACUUCAAUAGGCUGCUCUGCGUCGACUCCGAGAACUUCUCGGUUAAGGUGCUCGAUUUACCCUGGCCAAACGCGCCGCCCAUCCACCGAGAUUGUCUCUGCUCGAAUCGAUCGCUACCCAUCAACAUCAAAUCUACCUCUAAUAUCGUCGAGGUACAUUUCACUGUUCUAUCGAUGGACGCUUUGGAUGAUUACAACAAUCUCUUCUUCGAGGGCACCUGGGACUUCGUCAAGACGAUGCCUUGCAUGCAGAAACGUAGAGUCAGGGGACCGUCCGGCGAAAUUAAAUACACCCCGCCGAUCGACGAUGACGAGAAAAAUUGCGAGAAGCAGCCGUGGCUGAUCGACCCUGGCCCGGGGCAGUACUUAUACGUAAAAAUGGACGGAAUAAUUGUAUCAAACAACACGAAGUGCGACACCAAGAAUCGUAUCAUCGUGCACACGGGCAGCGCGAUUCACGUGUCGGUGUGUCCGAAACCAACCGCUGACUCCAGGCACCACGUGGUGGAGGUGUUCAGCGACGGUUGGGCCGUCGGCAGCAACGCGAUGAUCCUCGCACCGGGACAGGACCCCAUCAGAACUAUCGCCGUGGAGUUUAUCGUGAAAGAGCCAGCUUCCUACACGAUCACGUGGCUCGAGCUCACCAGAAGACCGGUGACGUCAACGGCGGGCCUGCAAAUGACACGGGACUGCGAGCAACGGUGCCCGGAGCUGGACGCCUGCAUAAACGCCUCGCUGUGGUGCGACGGAGUGUCCCACUGUCCAUCCGGCUACGACGAAGCCCUCACGCACUGUUCCGUGCUUCUGCAGCUGCCACCGUUGCAGCUCGCCCUGGGCGCCCUCGUCAUCCUCACCGUCGUCGGCGUCAUUUGCUGCAUUCUGUUGCGGGCCUGCCGGCGGCGCGGCCGCCGCUCGAUAUCCCAACACCGUCUGAAGAGCAUCUCCUCCGAGACGGCGAUAAUCGACGGCAAGGAAGUGAUAUGCUGACACAGCGACAGUUCUGUGCGUUACGUCGAGGUCGACCGGGUCACCACUGUGUGACGAUCGCCGUCGUCCACGUCGUCGUCGGUGCUGCGGGUUCCGGCGGUCCUCUGUAGAUCAGCGGUCAGACUCUGCUCGGCCCUACUCUCCUGAAGAAGAAGUCGCCGGGCUGAUCGCCGCCACCAAAGGAGGAUCCGCGGAACUGCCUCCGCGUAACACGCAGAACUGUCGCGUGCGAGAGAUUCGGGACACGCUAGGUGGGGGGAAAAAUACCCCGGAACUCAUAUGUCUAUGGUCGGAAAACGCGUUCGAUGCUCGAUGACUCGGGACGAGUCGGGGAGAGCGCCUUCCUUUACCGAACAAAUGGCGCUUUCGUUUUUUCCCGGUUUCUGAUUUCGAGAGAGAGAAAAAGAGAGAGAGAGAAAGAGAGAGAGAAAGAUAGACGUAGGGCUCGUUUUAAAUUCAGGGAAUAAUGGCGGGGUGAGUUGGGGACGAGUCGGGCGAUCUGAUUACAGGGGACGUCGUGAAUUGUAAAGCAGCGACUGGAACGUGCUUAGGAUUAUAAGUUCGGACGGUGUCUACCACCGUCGUCGCAGUAACAACAGCGUGAAGUAGAACGGGUAACGGCGGAUUAAUUCGGCGACGGUGAUGUAACGUGAACUUUCCAUUGGUCAAUGCGUCGCGACGCACGUACACAUAAACACACACACACAUACACACAGUCGUCUACGUCUAUUUUUUAAGUAAAUUUCUAACGAUAUACUGCCAAUCACAAAUGUUCUCAUUUUGAGAGACUGAAUCGUUUUAUAAACUUUUUUAACGAGAGAAGAAAAUCGAACGUAUCUGCGAUACUUGAUUUUUUGAUCGUCAUUUUUUAUCUGGAGACCACGCGGCGGACGCGUAGAUCGAGUUCUCGUCGAAGAUCCAUUCCCUUUGCAGACAUCGAAAUAAUCACUGCCGCGAUAACCGGCGGGUUCCGGAAGUUCUCGGGUUCCGAUAGACACUUUCGUUAUCUUCGCGUGCGAGAUCUUAUUAUUCUCGCGCGAAGCCUUAUUACUUCUCGAAGUACCGUUACACGUCCCACGCGAAAGUUUUAAUGAUUCCCCGUCGAGCUGUCCGAAAGUCAUCUCGAAACGAGGACGGAAAAAAAGAGAGGGAGGAAGAACGAGAGAGAGAGAGAGAGAGAGAGAGAGAGAGAGAGAGAGAGAGAGAGAGAGAGAGAGAGAGAACCGCGUAACGUAAGCCGCAGAACUAAAGCGCGAACUACUUUAACGAGGACAAUAAGUAAUAAAAUCCUAGUAGUACGUUGCUAUUAUGAUAGGAUGGCUUAGUGACGAUCGAACGGCGUUGCGCCUUGAUUGAGAACUUGGACGUUUAACGCAGUCGAAAGAUUACGUGGCGAGAGGGUUUGUCACGUUCUGGCGCAGUGCCGAGAACGCUGUAAAGUAAAGUAAACGAGGGUCUAGUAAGGGGGGAGGGGGAAGACUUGGCAGAUCGAUAAUGCGUUGUUAGCGAAUUACAGCAGAUUAUUAUAAGCCGGUUUCAUCAGCGUCACAUUGAUUUCACAACCGCGUUUUAACGGUUAAGUUCGCUGUCGGCUCAGGACUCGAUUAAAGACGGCAAUUAACAGACGUUGAUGAAACCGGCCUAGUACCAUUUUAUUUCAUUUAAGUAAUAAUAACAUUCUAUAAGAAAAUACAUAGAGCCACAUACUUUUGCCCAAUCGACAGGCAUGCAAAGUGUAAUAUAUUUAUAUUUGAUAUCACAUUAUACAACAUGUCUCGCGACAACGUUUAUCGAGAUUUCCGCGUCGGCGACAAUUAAUUUGCCAAGGCGCCACGUCGAUCCGAUUGACACGUUUCGAUUAAGGAAACACUUCGUUCGGAAAUCCCGAGGCAUCGAGCGCCGCGCGCGUAUAACACGUUAUUAGAUAAAAACGCGUUAGUUCUCCUUGAGAUUAAGAGUAGGCAAGCAAUUUUAAAGCCGAGCGAAAAUACUCGUCGUCUCGUGCUCCACACUUUUCCUCAUAUUUUUUUCCUCUCCCUGUGAGCGCGCGCGCGUGACACACUCACACGAGAGAUCGUCUGUAAGAUAGAUAAUUCAGAAUGAUCGGCGCGCGCAAGCCGUCGCGCGUCAAAUCGUCGCAGCAUUAUUAGAUGAAUCGAGACGUCGAUCGAGAGAGAUGUUAAAUAUGUAACGCAAUGUGACGUACUCUACAUUAUUGCGGCCGUGGUGAACGCAAGAAAAAACUUCGACGUUACUACUUAUCGUUUACUGCCAAAAGUAGUCGAUUAUACCUCGCCGACAGCGAAUAAAGGUUUCGAAUAUUACAUUUACAUGCGCCAUAUAUGAUGUAUUACGUGUGUUCGGUAUUCCUUCUUAGGAUCCUCGAUCAGUUUACGAUAGGCCGUUGCGUUGCGCUGACUAUUAUUAUUUCGUAACAAAUGGGAAAGAAUAAAGAAAGAGAAGCGCGAUAAGACGCCCCGGGUCCGCGCAGAGGCGGAUAAAUCGUGAGAUUUCCUUUUCGUAUCAUGGCCGCAGACUUCAUUCGGACGUCUGCAUUGCGCCCGGGGUUCUGCAUUUCGACCGUGAGCGAGUACAAACUUUCGACUAGCGAGCGACGGGUGGAGUAAUUGCUGCGGUAAGGGAGAAAAUUUCGCCGAUCCAAUUCGGAGCGCGCCGAGCGACCGUGGAAAUUCCACCCGGCAGAUUCUACCCUGAGAAUCAGAAAUAUAUAUUAGCGCAGUUAUCGCGGCGCAGCUCACGUCGAGGCGCAGCCUCAGGUGGACGAGGUAACGUUUACGCGCUAGAGAUACUGACCAAGUUUAAAUAAAAGCGAUAGCGCCGACUUUUAGGCGACUUAAUUAUUCAUUUUAGCGACACCACCGCGGAAAGGGUGGGAUAAUAUGUAGACUUCAGUAGCCUGAAAUUAUGUGAUAAUAUAUAAAUGCUGUUUUCCUCGGAGCUGUGCUCCGACAUUAUUGUUACGCCGCCGGGCGAACGGCGUCUACCGAGGGGGCUGUUGAACAUCCGGUCGUCUGUCGACACUUUCGAGAGGGGCUGUAUUUUCCUCCUCUCGCAAUGCUUCCAACGUAACGUUGGAGAGCGCGAAAGUUUAGCGAGAUAGAGCAAAACACGAAUGUGAUUUAAAGUUGCCAAUUACAGCUCGCAAAUAACCAUCCCCACCACAGCCAUAUCCCUUCCAUGAAGGACUGUAGUGACCAUUAAUAGUGGCGCUAGCCCGGCUAGUGCCACUACUAUUGGCUACAGUCCCUGGUAGGAGGGGGUUACUAUGAUGAGGAUGAUUGUGCUCGCGAGUUAGAGUUGGCAACUUUGAAUUGUGGUUCAUCUCUCGGAGUCAUCUUUAGCACGCAUGCGAGCACACGCCGACGUCACCGCCGCGGCUUGUACACCUUGUUCAUACUUGUACAUAAUUGAUUAUUUAUCUAUUUGUAUUGAAUAAUGUGACAUGUACUUCCGCUCGCAUGGUUCAGCUGUCGAACAGGCACGUUUUCGUUUCAAUUAUAUUAAACUAACGACCCGCGGGUUUUCUUACGACUGUACGACUGCCGUUAUCCAAGCGUUCAAUUUUAAUAAGAGUCUUUAGAGGCGACGUGACGCGAGAGAUUCAUCUACGCUUCACCUGUAUUAAUUCAGUAAAGACGAAAUCACGAUUUUUGCGCUGAGAAGAUUGUAAGUGUAGUUUCCGCGCUACGUUUAAUUUUAGAUCUCGAAUCGGUAUCGAGGUCGCAAUCGUUAUCUGUCUAUUUGAAAUAUAUUUUAAACAGCGUUAAGCGAUGCAACUUUAACCUCGACUCGUAAAAUUUUUAGCGCGACAUGGCCUGCAUUAUUAUCUGUAUUGAUAAAUUAUGUGACUACGUCUUAUUAACCAGUGGGACGCUGGUCGAUAGAAAAGAACACUCGAGAAGAAGUGAAAAUAAUUCCCAUUGAAUUUCUAAUAAAAAUACUUUUAAAUAAUACGAGCAAGAAAGCAAAAUAACUUCUUCGUGAUCAUGAACAUUACCAAUGGCCGUUUUGUGAGUUGCACGAUGACGCGUAAUGAUAUUGCGAGCGGAAGUUCGCAUGUUGCCGCUUUACUCUACUCGGUAAGUGUAGAAUUUCGAAAAAUCACGAUAGAAUCCUUUCGAAAUAAGGCGCAUCCGAAGUAGAGCGAAGGAUGACGGAAGCUUAAGACGAAUUAACGAAGUGAAACGCAGCAUGCUGAUAUCGCGUGCUGAUAUCAUCAGCUAACCGGCAAUACCGCCAGCUAUAUUUCGCUCGUUAUUUGCGAGUUCACAUGCAACAAUAAUUAACGCGUAUAACGGACGGAUACGGGACAGAGCGUGAUUCUCUUGGCGCGCGACGUAAUCUUUUUGAGCCCUUCGCGGGAAACAUUUGAACGAAGGCGAUGAUCGCUGAUGUAAUACAUCACAGCUCGAUCUAAUACGUGAAUUUCAUUUCGUUCUCGUUGCUCCACGAAACGCAUGCGUUACAUACGGAAGUUCCGUACCCGUCGACCCGUUCUCGCGGGGAGAUAAGAUUUAUCGCGCUACGCUCUAAGUGAUAACAUUGCGGAUUACUCAGACAACGAGAAACCACGCAUGCAACGCACGUCACGUCACGCGAGCAUACGUUUAGUUAACGCGAUCUCUCGUGUUCAACCGAAUACGAGGAAGUAAUACAAGUAAUACAAGUUUUUUUUCGUAAAGGAGGUCACGGUUUCAUUAUCUGUUCUCUCUACGUAUUUAUAUUUUAAUCCUUUCUCUUCCUCUUCCCUUUUGUGUCAUUGUGAAAUAGCUAAAAACUAGUUAUAUUGGAAUAUGAGACGUCGCGCACUAUUUGCACAAAAGUUUUAUUAAAAGAAAUCAAAUAAAAAAUUACGCCGUAAAGUGCAAAUGAAUUUAUGAGAAACUAAAACUUUUUAAAAACUCGAAAGCUCUUUCCUCGUGUCACGGUACGUAUUGGGUGAUAUGUAUAUCGUACACAGUCAAUUACACUGUCUGAUAUGGAUUUUAAAUUAUAAAUCGAACCAAGUGAUCAUAAAUUUUUAAUUGCUGAAAAUAAAUCCGCAACUGAAAUUGCUCUAUCACACUUUCGACAAAAUUGAACUUAAAAAUAUCGAAGAAAAAUAAUAUUUUGGAUAUAUCAGAAAUGAUUAUUCACACUCGUGUUGCAAAAUGAUUUUGAACAGUGUAAUUAUUCAAAUUGCAUAAGCGAACCAUUAUUGUCUUUCCCUUUCUUUCAAUUUAUUUAUAACUUUUUCACAUGAAGCAUCAACACGUGACAACAUCAAUGAGUGUUUCUUAUAAAUUUUUUUGUAAAAACAAAUCCACAGAUAAAGUUGCUCUAUUACAUCAUGUUUGAGCUAUUUAAACAAAGGUAUAAAAAUGCUACUUUUGACAAUUUUAAAUUCAAUUUUUGAAAAAUGGGUGAUAAAACAAUUUUAUUUAUAAAUUCGUUUUAAUAUAAAAAAAUCAAAUCACUUAGUUCGAUCCGUAAACCGGAAAAAAGUUUACAUUUGUUGGACAGCGUCUAAAAGUUUUCAUUUACUUGGGACCAAGGUAUUAUUUAAUACUCGGCCUGCCAAUAACGUAAUUGCAUCACAUACAACGGAAUUCAGCAAUUACGUCUCUGAUAAUGAUAAUAAAAUUCUAAUCGACACGACUGAUUUACCAGAAAUCACUAAGACUGAUUAUUUACAUAGUUUACUUCUGUCGCCGGUACAAUCUGCACUGCCACGCAUAAAAUCUCUUUUACGAGAUAUGAUGACUAUAAAUCGCAAUCGUCUUAUGAUGUAUUAUGCUCAUUAAAUCAGAAUUGCAUGACCUAAAUAACCACGUGACUUGAAUUAAAAAAAAAAACAAAAUCUUUUUGAUCUAUAUUUUAUACAAUAUAUAUUAAUACCUUCUUCCAUGAUUUUAAAGUCGGUUGCAACCUGAUGCAACGAUAUCAGCUUUAAAACCAUGACCCAGAUACAGAGCUACUGGCUUCCCUGAUGUUCCACAGCCCGUCGGAGAGAAUUUUUUCCCAAAAUAGGUCGUUGAAGGUUGUCCUUUUUAAUUAACAUUAAUCGUUCCUGACACGAGUAAAUUAAUUCGCAGAAUCUUAAUGGUACAUAAUUAAUUGCACCCUGAAUAACUACACGCACGAAUACAAUUCAUCACCAUCCAUUUAUGAAACGGCAUUAAUUUUUUGAAAGAAAGCGAGAGAGAGAGAGAGAGAGAGAGAGAGAGAGAGAGAGAGAGAGAGAAGAAAUAAAAGUGAAAAAAUAAUUGUUCUGCAAAACGCAAGCGGUGACCUCCUUUUAAAAGUAAUACAACACACCCUGACACACCUUGUAAUCACAAAACUACUGUAUUUUUAAACGGCAACACGAAACCUAUUUUAAUGAAACGUAUUUCGAUUAUUUUCUCUUUAGAGCGUUAAUGCAAAAAAACGUAGCGCAAAAAUUUCAUAAUUCUCUAGAUAUUAUGGGAAUGAUGAUAAAACGUAGCACAAUUGGAAAAACUUCGCAAAU